UUUAUAAAGUCGAUUUUGCAGAAAUUUUUUCUUAGUCUCAAAAUAUUUUUCAUGAGCUUCAAUAUGACAAAAAUAAAUCAAGUAUUUCUACGUGCCUUUUUCAUCUUGGCGGUAAUUGUUAGCGUCAACUGUUUUGAUCGUGAAGUAUGCAUACAAAAUUUCAACAAGAAUUUUGGAUUUAACCCUGAAAAUGAGGAAGCAAAUGUGCUAUGCUCACUAACUGAAUCAUGUGUCGCCGAAAAUAAUGUAAAGCAGUACGAGGACUUUUUCAAAUGUUAUGUCGUGGCUUGUUCAAAAAUUCUUAAUCCUCCAACUGCAAGGUUCUACUGGCGUACAAGCAGUUCUGGAUUUAGCGCAAAUUUUUGUGCUCAUAUUUUAGAAGAUUGGGUAACACAUCAUGGUGAUUCAGAUGAAGAUGAUGCUUCUUCUCAUGAACACGUCGCCGGUUGGAAAGAAGAAACUGCUCCUGCAUUUUCAUAUUAUUGA